UCCAGAUCCUCACCGUUCAUGGCCGAAUCCAAUUCCAGGCAAGAACCGCCUCUUCACGUCGUGGUGUUCCCAUGGCUCGCCUUCGGCCACAUCGUGCCGUUCCUCGAGCUCGCCGAGCAGCUGGCGCGGCGCGGGCACUUCGUCACCUUCGUCUCCGCCCCGAGGAACAUCGCCAGGCUCCGGCCGCCGGUUCCCGGCCGGGAGCUCUCCCCGCGCAUCCGCCUCGUCGCCCUGCCCCUGCCGGCCGUGGACGGGCUCCCGGACGGCGCCGAGUCCACGGCCGACGUCCCGCCGGACAAGGUGGAGCUCCUCAAGCUGGCCUUCGACGGCCUCGCCGGCCCCGCCGCCUCCUUCCUCGCGGAGGCCUGCGCCGCCGGCGGGGAGGGCCACGGCCGGCGGCCUGACUGGAUCAUCCUCGACUUCGCGCACAGCUGGCUCCCGCCCGUCGCUGAGCAGCACGAGGUGCCGUGCGCGCUGUUCCUCAUCUUCCCGGUGCCGUACGUCGCGUUCCUGGGCCCCAGGGCGGCGAACGACGCGCACCCGAGGACGGCGGCGGAGGACUUCACCGUCCCGCCGCCGUGGAUCCCGUCCCCGCCCCCGUAUUCCUCCUCCCUCGCCUUCCACCUCCACGAGGCCAGGCCGAUGGCCCGCCGGUUCCGGCACCGGCAGCCCAACGCUUCCGGCAUCUCCGACAUCGACCGCUUCUGGGAGACCGAGCGGCGCUGCCGGCUGCUCGUCUGCCGCAGCAGUCGCGAGGUCGACGGCCCGGCCAUCUGCGACCUCCUCCCCGACCUCUACGGCAAGCCCGUCCUGCCCUCGGGCCUCCUCGCGCCGUACGCCGCCGCCGCCGCGGCCCACCAUGGCGCCGGCGCCGGCGCCGAUGGAGACGACGAUGAGGCCGUCAUGCGGUGGCUCGACGCCCAGCCCGCGAGGUCCGUGCUCUACGUCGCGUUCGGGAGCGAGGCGCCGCUGACCCCCGAGCUCGUCCGCGAGGUCGCGCUCGGGCUGGAGCUCGCCGGCGUGCGGUUCCUCUGGGCGCUCCGGGGAGCCGCCGGCGGCGGCGGCGCCGGGCUGCUCCCGGCCGGGUUCGAGCGCCGCGUCGCCGGGCGCGGGGUGGUGCGCGUGGGGUGGGCGCCGCAGGUGCUGGUGCUGGCGCACGCCGCAGCGGGCGCCUUCAUGACGCACGCCGGGUGGAGCUCGCUCGUGGAGGGCCUCCUCCUGGGCCACCCGUUGGUGAUGCUGCCGCUGGUCGGCGACCAGGGCCUCACGGCGCGGCUGAUGGCGGCGAGAGGGGUCGGCCUGGAGGUGCCGAGGGGCGCCGGCGACGGGUCGGUCGCCAGGGAUAGGCCUGGGAAGUUCGGUCAUCGGGUUCGGGUUCGGUUUUUAUCUUGA